CAUCUCAUGACGGGCUAUUUCAUGUGUAACACUGCAAGGUAUCUGCAAGGUAUGUUAAACUAAUGUUAAGCAAAUUUGUCCAAUAGUGUACGUGCAGACGUAUUUCUACUUCUCAAACUUUGGGUGGAGAAAUAAUACCAACGUUUCGAAAUUAAGUUUAAGCAGCUCAGCUUCCAUGUAAACGUCUUUGCUUCCACAGCUGUUCUCAUUACAACCGAUCGUCCCGCACUGCAUCCCACAUGAUGACCAGAUCACCUUAAAGACACAGAAGUGCCUGCAGCGUCAUUGCCAUGGAGAAGACAGUCCUGAUUAACAUCCCUUCACUCAUUUACCUCGGUGUUAUCGGAGCGAUGGGAACAGUCGGGAAUUCCCUCAUUCUCAUCGUGUACUCUCGCAAGAAAAAGAAAACGGCCACAACAAUCUUUAUACAGUUCCUAGCAGUCGUGGAUCUGGUGACCGAUGUGGUGAUAAUCCCAGGUGAGAUUGUAUUAUAUGGAAAGAGAGCGUUUAAGUUUGAAUUAUCAUUUCCCUUUAAAGUGUUUUUCUUUUUCAUGUUUAAAUCCUUUUUUUCCCUUAAAAACUCGCUUUGUUUGUGUGUUUCUGGCUGGAAAACUCUUCAGACGGUUAAUUGACUUACUUCCUGUCAACUUUUCUUUCAAAUUUUCAGCCCCACCCCAACCUCCGAAAUUCUGUUUUUCCUGUUUUUUCCAGGAGAAGAUGAAGGAAAUACGACGACACUGAUACACGAAAUAAAAUUACAGAUAGCAGCGCUAAAUGAGAUUCUUAAAGCGAAAAUCGCAAGUGCGUUUCUGAAAAACUUGAUGAAAUAAAUAUGCUGCGUAAAAGCUUGCGUGGCUUAAAAAUAUUAACAUAAAAAUAUAAAAAAUGCAAAUAAAGGAUUUAUAAGAAUAACUUUGUUUUUAGGGGGUUGCUUGAUUCUUUCUCUGAUAUUCACUGAUAGACACUCACAAAUGGUUCAAUACACAACAUUUCGAUUAUGUCUGAAGGAGAUAUUCGCACUAUAGUAAUGGUGGUCUAAAAUGUUUGAACCCGGGUCUGAACUGUUGCAAUGCGAUUAAAAUGCCGGUGUAAAGAGUUGGUUUUAAGCGCAGGUGGCGUAACUGCGCAAUUCAGUUAAGUAUUAACAGCAGCGGCGUCACUAAGUUAGGUGUCAUCCAGUACGGUAAACGUUGGUAUCAGCUGUCUUUAGACUCCCCCAAUGACCCCCCCCCCAGGCCUGCCUGCUCUUGUGACACCCUGCAAUGGUAACAAUCUUCUGUCUGGUGAAAUCCUGUUUUUUUUUCUUUAUGAAAUCUGAUCGGCUAUGAAACCGUCUUGAUGGGAAUCUGCAAAAUCUGAACAUUUCCAUUUAGCGUCAUACUCUGGCAGGGCGUCAACUGACGCGUUCCCCACCUCCGCAUCCCCUAGUGACGCUACUUACUUCAUAAAGUUGUGCAUUGAAUGAAUCGUGAAGUAAACAUUUGAAACAAACCUAAAUUAUGUCUUACAAUCCCACAUGCAUCCCAUCCACUUUAAGGCCCCCCCCCACACGCAAUACGUCCACUUUAACCCCUCCACCACACGCAUCCCAUACACUAUAACUCAUCCACCACAUGCAUCUGUACUGUACUUGUACCUACUGUAAGUGUAGCUACUGUACUUGUAACCAAUGUACUAUUACCUACUGCAAGUGUAGCUGCUGUGAUUGUUAAUGUUUCCAAAAAAAAAAAAAAUUAAUUUAAAAAAAAAACACCACCAAAUUAGCGUACAUUAAAAAAAAAUUAACGAUGCUAGCUCUAAAGCGCAUUGGGAUUGAUGACGGGAAGUGGGUCAACAUAAUGUAAGAUAAAGGAUUUUUAAAAUGUUCCAACCGUGAAACAAAUCAACAAACCGUAACAUCUCGGAAACUAUCUCUUUUAAAAAUCCUUUAUCUUGCAUUAUGUUGACUUCGCUUUUGUUCGUGCGUGUUUAGGGCAAAAUCUUUGAACGGCCCAUCGACCCACUUCCCGUCAUCCUUUCGAACCGUGGAGAUUAAUUGUGAAGUUGUUGCUAAGGGGCCUUGUAUUUGUGACGUAUUGGGGUAUGCAGUAAAAAAUAAAAUGUAUUUUUGAACGUGGAAAUUGAAGGAAAUAUGAUACGUGUUUUCACCAGAAGGUGACCCAUUUACAUAAUCGCUUCUUAAUGAAUGAGAGAUAUGAACAACCUUGUUUUCGGUCGUUGUUUAAAUAAAUGCAUAUUUUAUUUAUUAAUUACAUUAAUUUUAAAAAUACCCUAUUUAAUUUUUAGUGUUUAUGAAAGUAUUGCUUAAACACUAAAAUUAUUGGGGUAAUUUUUUAUUUUAUUUUUUUUUAUUAAAAAAAAACCUAUUUAAUUUCUAGUGUUUAUGCAAUAAUUUCAUGCCUCUGGCUUGUCUUAGAGGAUUCUCUAAUAUUAUUUAAAAAAAUCAAUUUUGCUGUCUUCGUCCAGCCACUGUGUAUAUUAGAUUGUUCUACGGGGACUUUGGCGUUGCCUACCUGUGCAAAACGUACGUCUUUGCCAACAUCACCAUGACGGUCGUCCCAAUGCUUGCCAUCCUGGCCAUAGCUGUCACCAGGUAACCUUUUACCAUUUCAACCAAGCAGACUCCUUUUCAAAGUUUUAUUCCUACCUAUUCAAUACAGUAAUACAUGCGAACCUAAACUCUCAGAAGGGGCGCCUAUGCCCCUCCUCGAGAGAUAGACGCCAACCCCCACCCCCACUCCACCAUGGACCUAGGUCAAGUCAGCAUGUAUUGGCUUGCAGUGUUUCUGUCAGACAAUUCGUUUCAGGGGGAAAAAAGGCGGGUGGAAUUUCAUAUGUUCGAGUCGGCAGUGCCAGUGGCGUAGGAGGGGGUGGAGGUGGCGAUUCACCCUAGUGUCCUUUUUUUUCUCUUUAUGAAGGGGCAACAUUUUCAGCUUAGACUUAUAUUGAAAUUUAGCUUCUCUUAAGGAAGGAGUGUACAUUUUAAUAUUUUUUUUGUGUGUGGACGUUUUCCACAAUUACCAAAAUCAUUUUUGCGUAUCGCCAGCGGUUUUCAAGUGAUGGUUUUAUCAGAGUUUUGGAUCCUUAGGGUCAAGACUUUUUGUCUCAGCUAAUUGUUGUUAUUGAUUAUUGUAGCUAAAAAAGUUCCGAUACUGUCAUUUUGAUUGAAAGGAAAAAACAUCGAGGAAACCAACGACCCCCAAGUGAAAAUCAAGAUGUGCAUUUUGAAGUAAACCUGAAUUCAGUCUUUCUUUCAGAGAAUUUGAUCCAGGGAUGGGAAAUUUCAGGAAUUGCGGAGUGGGGGAAAGGCAUUCAUCAGUGCGUAAAUUAAGCAUUAUGUCGCCCAGGGCCAAACGUAGCCUGAAUUCAUUCAAGUUGUGGCAAACCAAGGGGUAUUCUUUUGGUCUCAACUUAGUUUCACUCCCGUAAAGUCACAUUGAUGGGCGUGGGGGAGAUAAAAAGCGGAAGUCGAGGGUGCCUUUGUCUCCCGAGCAAAAAUAUUGGGGAAUAGGCUAGGAGGGGGGUCUGGAUGAGCUUUUCUCCAGAAUUUGGUUUGAUAAAAUCAAAUGAGAGAUGCAGUUUUGCUCAUGAUAUAAUUUAGUUUUGCAGGUACAAUUACAUAAAUAUCAAACAAAAAUGCUUAUAAAGAUUUAAAAAAUAAAAAACAAACUUUUUAAGGGUUUGUUUUAAUUAUCUGUGAAAGGAACUCAAAGAUUUUUAAAAUAAAAAUGUCUGUUUCUUUUUGUACAUAUUUUACACCAGAGUGGGGUGGACGCACUCCAAAAUUGGAUUGGACUUUUUAAAUCCUCAGCUCAUCCCAACUUUAUUUAUUUCUUAAAUUAUAAUUGUUAUAUUUUCCUUUCCAUAUUUAUUUUUAGCUGGAGAAAUUCAAAACCCUCCAGCUCAAGUUUGAAGCAGCUGCCCCCCCCCUCUUUUCGUGUAGGCGCCCCUGAAUCCCGGUGCUUCCAGAAGUUAUGAAUAUUUUAAAAUCUCAGUGAUGUAGCAAGUUGUUCAGUGGGACUCAGCGUAUUUUAAAUUAAUAUUUUAUUGUAUCGUUGGCUGUUGAACCACAUUUUGACAUGAUUUCAUUAACAAAAAAAAUAAUAAUUUAUAUUUUUCACAUGCUAAUGAAAACUUGAUCAAUCUGUAUAUUGAUUCAUAUUAUAUGUUACAUGAUGUCAAAAUAAAUAUGUAAAAAUUAGAUGUUAUAAAAGAUUUAAACAACACAUUCAUAAAAUAUAAUAUGUUGUUGCACUACUGAAAAACUGUGUCCAAUAUGAUUUAAAUCAUUCUAUCCAUUGUUACCAGGUAUCGAAAAAUCUGCAAAACCUUCGGCUGGCAGGUGUCACCCUACCAGGCCAAGGUCACCUGCGGGGUCAUCGUUGUGGUCGCAAGUCUGGUUGUCAGUCCUUACAUAAUCGCCAGAUCAAUGCGGCAACCUUCGUCCACCAACGGCACGGUGUGUUACCUGGACG